AAAUGUAAAAGUACCGUUCCUCUCAAACGAUGCUCAACAACGUGACCUUACUGAUAUGACCUUUCAAGUGAUGUGCCCCUUGGCUAAGCAUCAAGAUAUAUUUAUUUCACUCCUUAUCACACACUGACACAAGCAGUCAUGAGCGGGAAGUGAUGUCACACAACAUUCGUUACCAGCAUUCGAACACCCACUUGCAGUGAGCGACUGACAAUGAGACAUGAGGACCCGCAGAACCGUCAGGCGAGCAUCACUUCUGUCUCUAUGGUUCUGCAUCGUGACGCUGCCAUGGCAACCGUGCAAAGGAUCAAAUGCAUCGUCGGGUCAGAGGUUAGGCUUUGAUGGAUGUACUUGGGUCACAGACAGCGGGGGCACCAUCGACCUUAGCAGUCUGGGGUUAACCAACGGCAAACCCAGAUUUCUAGACGUACCCGGUCCUGACAAUUUUUACUACUCUUACAACCCGUGUUACCCGUUUGACGAAGGCAAUGCAUGUGUCGACGCCGCUGUGUGUCAGACUGACAUGUCACUGUACUAUCAAGCCGGCGACGCCAGCUCCCCAUCUCUGACGGAGGAGUCGGGACGUCCGGCCAUUUUGUAUCAGGCCAGCAGAGAAAUACUGAGGAAGACAUGGGUGGCCCUCAUCUGUGACACCACAGCAUCGCAGCCCUCGCUGAAAGCUUUGGGCGACCUUGGAUACGGGGAAUAUCAUCUGGAACUGACUUCCGUCUGCGCAUGCCCAGAUGGAUGUUCGGGGACUGUGAUUGACAUCACCAUUGUGAUUGAUGUUAGCAUCGGAACCAUACUGGACCUCGUUCUGGUGAGCUUACUGAUGGCUUACCUGAUGACCGGGUGGUGUACAACAGGAUCAGACACCAGGCCUCAGGUGUGGCCUUACUGCCCAACGUUGACUUCUGGCGAGCUCUACCUGGCUUGGUGAAAGACGGCUUUCUCUUCACGCCUGGCCUGUUCACCUGCGUCAGGGCAAAAGGAAAAGGCUAUCAACAAUAUUCCUGACCUCUAAAAUAAUCAACUUUAUUUAGGACCAGGAAUGUUGACCAACUGUCAGUGUGAUAAGAUUUCUGUUUUAACAACGAGCACCAAGUGUAGUUGUUUCAUGGAAGUUGUAAAACAUGCUAUCAUGAGGACGACAGCAGCACCAGUGGUUUACUGAAGUUUUGUUUUGUUUUGUUUUGUCCCUGUGCUUUACUGACUUUAGCUUGUGACAUCCGUUCUUUUCUCUCUUGUUUCGCCAUAUACUAGCAUUCAGACUGAAUUCGUUCGGGUUCGACACACGCUCGAGCAGCUCUUGGGUGACAGUAGCAAGAUAAGAGCACUCAGCUCUCAAUCUCAUCAACGGCUUUCUCAAACAAAAUGCGAUUGAUGUAGGGGAGCCUUCGCUAUUUCCCGGUAAUAAUCUCCAACCUUCUUUGUUAUGACAUCGUGUGUGCCGUUGUCAACAUGGCCUGCCUGUCUUGAUCAAGCACGACAAUCGGCUUUAGACAGCUUUGUGUACAUGCGAUUGUGAGCGAAGCAGGGAGUGUAUAUGGAGUGUGUUGGAGAGAAAACGAACGAACAAAAGAAUAGUGGACACACGCGAUAUUGACUUUCUUUUUUUUCUUAUAUCAUUUUUCUUAGUUUUGAACACAUGGUUUAAGUCAGUCCAGACUAAAAUUCUUAAAACGAUUAAAAAUUUCUGUUACUG